CUCCACUGUUGCGCAUCCCACUAUUCUUAUCGCUACACCCUCUCCAAUUCGAUUUGCGCUCAGCUAGGGUUUCAAAUUUCAGCUCCUUCCCCAAUUUCGCAUUCGAAUUGCAAUGUCGUCACGCGACCAUAUCGACGAUGAGGAUGAUUUCGGGGGCGAUUUUGCUGGGGAAAAUGCUGCUAGGCGUUCAGGAACUAAGAGAAGCUUUGGAGAUCUUGACGAUGACGAAGACGAUAUUUUUGGCUCAAAAAAGGCUAAUCUAAAGGUGGAGGAAACUGCUCCUGGAGUAGCAACUGGGAUGAUUUUGUCUCUUCGUGAGAGUCUUAAGAACUGUCAAGAUGAACUCUCGAGAUGCCAGACGAACCUUGAAGAUGCUAAGUCUGAGAUUCAGCAAUGGCGCUCAUCGUUCCAGAAUGAGUCUUUCAUACCCCAAGGCGCAACUCCUGAACCAAGAUUUGUGGUCAGCUACCUCCAGACUCUGAGAUCCUCUGAUGAGUCUAUGAGAGAGCAUAUUGAGAGAGCAAAGAAAAAAGAAGCUGCAUUCAUUGUGACAUUUGCAAAAAGGGAGCAGGAGAUAGCUGAGUUGAAGUCUGCUCUUAGAGAAUCGAGAGCUCAGCUUAAACCACCAUCAAUGCAGGCAAGGAGAUUGCUACUAGACCCAGCUAUCCAUGACGAGUUCACAAGAUUAAAGAAUUUGGUGGAAGAGAAGGACAAGAAAAUUAAAGAGUUGCAAGAUAAUAUUGCUGCUGUUAGUUUCACCCCACAAAGUAAAAUGGGGAAGAUGUUGAUGGCCAAAUGUAGGACUCUGCAGGAAGAGAAUGAGGAGAUUGGUAAUCAAGCCAACGAAGGAAAGAUUCAUGAGCUGGCAAUGAAACUUGCUUUACAAAAAUCGCAAAAUGUGGAAGUCAGGAGUCAACUUGAAGGAUUGUGCAAACUAAUGGAGAAAGUGACGGGGGACGUUGACAGAUCAAAUGAAUUGGUGGUAAUUAUGCAAGAGAAACUAGAGGAAAAGGAAGACGAAAUUCGACAACUGAAGCUUCAGCUGCAGGACACUGCUGGCAAUGGGAAAGACCAAGACAAUGGCUGUGUAGAGGAAGAGCCAGAAGUAGCCAUUGAUGAUGAUGCUAAAGACGAGGGUCCGCCUUCUGUUGAAGUUAAAACUGAAAACUAAACAAGAUUUAUGUCGAACUGCUGUCUGUAAUCGAUGAAAUUUUGUGAACUUCCUUUCCGUUUUUACCAUCUUACAAAGUUCAUAAGAGUGCAUGACAGUUGGAUUUACAACAAUAGCAUAUAAGGUCCCUUUGUUUCA